UGUGGAUCCUCUGGGGAGCCUCAACAACAUCAUGAAGCUGACGAGGCAGAGAAGAGUCCCCCCAGAUCAGAACACCUCAAGAAACAGCAGCGGAAACCCACAGGAAAGAAACCUCACUGCUGCUCUGACUGUGGGAAGAGAUUUACCUCUUCAACAGACCUUAAAAGACACCAGAGAAUCCAUACAGGAGAGAAACCUUAUACCUGUGAUCGGUGUGGGAAGAGUUUUACUACAUCUAGCCAGCUGACUAUACACCAGAGAAUACACACAGGAGAGAAACCUUACCACUGCUCUGACUGUGGAACGAGUUUUGUUUCUUCCCAAUAUUUAAAAUCACACAAGAGAACACACACAAUUGCGAAACCUUACCACUGCUCUGACUGUGGAAAGUGUUUUGUUUCGUCACAAUAUUUAAAAUCACACCAGAAAACACACACAGGAGAGAAGCCUUAUAGCUGUGAUCAAUGUGGAAAGAGAUUUAGUCACUCAAGCAACCUGAUGGUACAUUUGAGAACGCACACUGGAGAGAAACCUUAUAGCUGUGAUCAAUGCGGGAAGAGUUUUACUUCAUCUAGCCAGCUGAAUAUACACAAGAGAACACACACAGGGGAUAAACCUUACCACUGCUCUGACUGUGGAAAGAGUUUUGUUUCGUCCCAAUAUUUAAAAUCACACCAGAAAACACACAAAGGAGAGAAGCCUUAUAGCUGUGAUCAAUGUGGGAGGAGUUUUACUCACUCAAGUAACAUGAUAUCACACCAGAGAACACACACAGGAGAGAAAUAUUGUGGCUGUAAUCAAUGUGGGAAGAGGUUUACUCAGCCAAACAGCCUGAUAGCCCACCAGAGAACACACACAGGAGAGAAAUCUUAUAGCUGUGAUCAAUGUGGCAAGAAUUACGCUGGUAAAAGAGCUCUGAUUAAACAUCAGAAAAUACAUGAAGGAGUUGUUUCAUGAUAUCAAUGAAAUAAUGUCACAAUGU